UUGAACGCGGGAACUGGCGCGUUCGGUUACUUUUGUUUUGUGUUGGAGAAGGUGUCUGGGUUUGGAGGGCAGUUCAGCUUUUGUUGUAUGUUGUGUCAAACUUUACCGCCGCUGGUUGUCUAAGGCGGGUAGCUCAGGAAAUAGCACAUCCUUUGGGUUUCACAAGAUUUUAUUUUAGACAAGCGGAAGGGAACUGAGUCCUGCCUGGCCUAGAAAAAAACGGGGGAAGUCAGUUACUGUGUGUUCGCGUGUGUUGGGGACAUGGAGUCAUUUCAGAAAGUUGAGAAGAUCGGAGAGGGGACUUAUGGAGUGGUGUACAAGGCCAAGAACAAGAUAACGGGCGAAACUGUCGCUCUUAAGAAAAUUAGGCUGGAUACGGAAACAGAAGGAGUUCCCAGUACUGCCAUCAGAGAAAUCUCUCUCCUCAAGGAGCUCAGUCAUCCUAACAUUGUCAAGUUGCGUGAUGUAAUUCACACAGAGAACAAGCUUUACCUGGUGUUUGAGUUUCUCCAUCAAGAUCUCAAGAAGUUUAUGGACUCUUCCUCUGUUACUGGCAUUUCCCUUCCUUUGGUGAAGAGCUACCUGUUCCAACUGCUGCAAGGCCUGGCUUUCUGCCACUCGCACCGUGUGUUGCACCGAGACCUCAAGCCCCAAAACCUGCUCAUCAAUGCCCAGGGAGAGAUCAAGCUUGCUGAUUUUGGGUUGGCCAGAGCCUUUGGCGUGCCUGUUCGUACCUACACCCAUGAGGUUGUGACUCUGUGGUACCGAGCACCAGAAAUCCUCCUUGGAUGCAAAUACUACUCCACAGCUGUUGACAUCUGGAGUCUAGGAUGCAUUUUUGCUGAAAUGAUCACAAGGAGAGCCUUGUUUCCUGGAGACUCUGAGAUAGAUCAGCUGUUUCGAAUUUUUCGAACCCUUGGGACACCUGACGAAUCAUCGUGGCCCGGUGUCACUUCUAUGCCAGACUACAAACCCUCCUUUCCCAAGUGGGCCCGACAAGAGCUCUCCAAAGUUGUUCCCCCUCUUGACGAAGAUGGAAGAGACCUCCUGGCACAAAUGCUGAACUAUGACCCCAACAAGAGGAUCUCUGCAAAAAAUGCCCUUGUCCAUCGAUUCUUCCGUGAUGUCACCAUGCCAGUUCCACACCUACGACUCUGAGAGGCUCUAAGAAACUGGACACCUGUUGAUGCACAACAUAAAAAUUGACUUUAAACAUGUCUCUUGAUAUUUGAAGCUUACAGAAAGAACUCAGGAGGGGAACAAUCGGUCUUUUCAAGAUUUGUUUGGACCACUUUGGGAGCAUUUUGCAAUGACUCCAGUAGCUGAAAAUUUCAAGUGCAGGCAUUUGUUGUUGACUGGUAUAUUUGAAAUGUGUCAAGCAAUAAUUUGACAUUUAUACCAAGUAGGAGAAGUUAUUUGUAACUUGGAGAUUGGUCUAACAUUCCACAUUUUCUGGUUUCAGCGAGUCAUAGUCUUAAUGAUGAAUGGCUAUUCAGUGGGUGAAGCAAAAGGCCACUUGUAAAUGUGUACAGUUGCCAAAUUGUUUUCGGUUUCUGAGUGCAGAACAUUAACGUGGAGGUAUGACCGCCCCACAACAAGAGUAUCUCAGUCAGAAGUGACCUUGCCCAUCAGGUUCCAUGGCAGUUCCACAUCUACAUCUCACUUGUGAGAUCUGUUGAAAGUGGAGAUUGAUUUGUAGCCUUUUACAGCACUGCUUCUGUUUAAAACUUGCAGAAACUUCUCAGGAAGGGAAAAUCAGCUUUUUCAGAAUUCAUUGUAUUGUGUUGGAGACCAUUUUACAAUGACACCAGUGCCUUCAAAUUUCAUGUGGCAUCAUUUUGUAUUUGUUGUUUUAUUGGAAGUCUCUAUUAAGCUACACGUUGACAACUGAUAUCUGCUAACAGUAUUUGUAAACUUCACAUGUGAGCUAACAUUCCACGUUUUCCUGUCUGAGUAGUAUUUUUUGAUAGAUGACUUUUCAGAGGGUAAAAGCAAUCAGCCCCUUGUGUAUAUUUGCAGUUGCUAAGUUGUGUUCCGUAAUUGGGUGUUUAAAUUUUAUAAUUACCCUGUAUUUAUGGGUUGCCUCAUGAGCACUGCUGAUCAGUGUUUAUGGGCCCUUUUACAUUUGGGUCUUGGAAUUACUCUGUAAUUAUCAGAUCCAGAGUUAUAGUUAAAUGUUACCUAUAUUUGUACGGGGAAAAUAAAACUAUUUUAAUGAGAUUUUUGAAAUUUAGUUUCCAAUAUAAUUUUGUAAUAGUAGGUUUUAAAU